AGACUCGCCGGGACUCCCUCUUCGGCGGUGCGCCCUCUCUCUCUCUCUCUCUCAUCGCGUCGAGGACGCGCUUUGACGAGUCUCACGUUGAUCGGCCGACGACGAAGUUUGAUUUCGCGGAGGGCGCACGCCCCAACGGGCGACCCCGGUCCCGGCCUGCUGGUCCCGGCCGCGCACAGCUAAGUCCUCUUCGGAGUCAUGAGCGAACCUUCGUCCGGAGAAGGUCCUCCUCCUGCGCUCGUGAGGCUGCCGCACCAUCCGUCGCGCUGUGUAUCUCCUGCGCCUACAUCCGCCGGCUGUAUCCCCGAGGCCGAGUAAUCGCGCGCCCGGCGUCGUUGCCACCGGUUCGUCCGUUAGCUAUUACCUCGUUUCCAGGUCGUCCACCAGCCCUUCGUCGUCGUCGUUGUCGUCGUACCUCUUGCACGCGUCCACGCGGGAAGCGAGGCGUUAAAUGUCGAGGUGAUCGUCAGAGUGUCAUGGUUCCGGCGAAUGGAAAUAUCCGUCGCUUACAGGUAGCCUCGACCUGCGUAAGGAUACGCCUCCGCGCAACCUUUCUACGUAAGUUCAACGAGCACUUUGCCUACACGUAAACAAUGGUCUGUGCUUCUCGGCUGAACCGGCUGCGCUUCCAGUUCGAGGAAUUUACAUAUUUACACAUCGAAACGUGCGAAGAAUAAUAUUCCAGUUAGAAGAAAUUGUUUUUCUAAUCAAAUACGUCUGAAAGAUAUCUGAAACAAAAUAGAACGGCUUUUAGCGAUACUUUUGAGACAUCCCUUAGACAUUCGUUCUGCCUGGGAUAUGUGUGAGAUCCCCACGCUUGUGUGUAAAUCUCCCGAACUGGUGCAGUCAGUUCAGCUGAAGAGAACAGACCAAAUGCCUCUCGUCUUGGCCCGAGGUCGAAGCGGCACGCUUCGGACCGUGAGGUGAUCAGUCCGCACAAGAGUCUGAGAGAGAACGAUUAAAAAACGAUUGGGAAAAACAAAAGAUAGAGAGAGAGAGAGAGCGCGCGCGCGUGUAUGUGUAUGCGAUAUGAUCCUCGCCCGUCCGACCGGGCCGUUCAGCAAACGGCCGGCUAGACAACAGUUUUUCCUCCUCUUUUCCCUUCUUUUCCUCCUCGCGACGCUUUCGAUCCUGUCGAUCCGUCGGUCCGGGUCCACGAGCCGGCGGCGUCGCUCGGAAACGACACUGCCGUCGCGUCUGGAGCAGCGCGCGUGCCGCGCGUGAAAUAAUGUUAAAGGAGCAACUCGAAGAGGAAGGAGGAUGCGACGCGAAACGAGCGAAACGGCGCUACUCGACGGGAGAGAGAGAGAGAGAGAGAGAGCUCUGGGGGUGGCUUGUGCCGCCGCUGGCUGCAUCGAUCGUUUUCCACCGGCGCUAUAGCGGCUGUUGCCUACGGAUAGACGGGACGGACGGACGGACGAUGCGACCUCGUCGCGUUAGAAAAACACUGUAAAUCGCGAGAUCGCGGCGCGAGGAGUACCGAGCGUCGUCGGCUUCGAAUGGGAAUCGACGGGCGAAUCGGUGCCCCGAUUACGUCCGGUCGCUCGACCCGACGAUGACCGUGCGGAACGACGACGAGGACGACGAUGUGGCUGCUCGAGGCCGAUCGAGAGAUCGCUCGCUCCGCUGAUUGACGCAAUUAGCCGCGGCGGUAUGCCGCCUAAUGCGAUUUGCGGUGUGCGCGAUCCACACCGCAAAUCGUAUCACGCGCGUCGUGUGUUACGUCGUUAAUAUUUCAGUGAUCGAUAGCGCGUCGCGUAGGGAAACGCGCGCGCACACACACGCACACAUACGCACGUGUCAUACACAUGCACAGGAAGGGGCUGCUCUUCCGAAGGGGGUUGGCCGAAUCGACUAUCCGCGCGCGCCAUCGCGCGCUAUCGAUCUCGGCGCCGAUUAAAGAACGAUUCGCCGGCGAUAGCCCUCGCGACACGGCCCUCGCUCGAUUUCUCCCCUCCGAUCGUCUCCCGUAUAUCGAUUCAACGUCGUCAUCGUCAUCCACGAAGCGCGUUAUUGCGCGCUUCCUCAUCGUCGUCGGCCGGGGGCUAAUUAUCCCCCGACGACUAAUUGCCGACCUCGAGCCGAUUCCGGAUGAGGAACGACGACUCCUCUCCGUUAACUCUGUCAAUUCCCUCGCGCUCCUCUCUCUCUCUCUCUCUUUCUCUCUCUCCCGCUUGCGGUGCGCGCUCGUUCUGCGUCGACGACGUUGCCGUCGAUGCUGCGAGCCGAUCUCUCGCGCGACGCACUUGGACGGGCGUUUGCGGAGGAAGCGGGGGGAGGGGAGACGGCGGAGGGUUGUUGGGGUUUAUUCAAGGUUGAGCGAACCUCACGUGUCGCUUGUCAAAGGGCAGGUAAGCCGCUGGAAAAUGGACUCGCCUGUACGAGAGGCCGGCUGUUCUAUUUUGCGCGACACGCCGGGGAAACGAGACGAAAUCGAGUGACCACCGGGCCGAUAGCCUUCGCUGCCAGUGAUAUUCCCGACUCCGUUUGAAGAGCGUGCGUGUGUCGCCGCUUAAAAUAGCUAAAUACCCGCGGUACGAGAGGGAUAUACAUCUUUAUCCGCGCGCUCACACGGUUUACCGGCGGUGCAAACACACACACAUUCACAAACAUAUAUAUACGGGCUGCAUCGGGGGUAAAACUUCCGGGAUCGAUUCGCGUUUUCGUUCUCUUUCUCUUCCCUUUUUCCCUUUCUCUCUCUCUCUCUCUCUCUCUCUCUCUCUUUCUCUCUCUUUCCCCCUCUCUCUCAAAUUACCAUCGCACGAGGAUGAGAAAAUAUAAGCGACGACAACAACAGCAACGCGUCAAGCAUCGUGCGCUCUGUGUCCGCCGUAGAGCCUCGUCGCAGCGACGACGAUUCGCCGUCGAUGGAGGAUCGGCGGGACCGUUGAACUCGGCUCGCGACAGGUGGUGGGAACAUGCCCGGACGAUCGCCGGCGAGGGCGUACGAGCGGCCCAUAGAGCACGCGGGCCGCAAGCUCGCCGCUACUUGAAUGCCACCGCCGCGGGAGGGCACGGGAUGGGCGAGUCCUGGCUCUCGGUCCUACUCGCUGCCACGGUGACCACGAUGACGAUGAUGGCCUGCGUGACGAGAGCGGCCGAACCAUCCUCGGCGGCGAGCCUCACGACGACCGCACGUGACGACCCUCCGCUCGACGCGAAACGGGCGGCCAUCGAGGAGGCGUUGGACGUGAUCGAGGCUGCGUCCACCGGCUCCCUCGGCGAGGUGUGCGUGAACACGGUGGGCUUCAAGUCGCUGCCGGCUGGUGUCGAGCUGGACCCGAGACGUUACGACACGGCGCGGCAGAAGGCCGACAUGACCGCGAUGGUGCUUCAAAACCUCGGCGCCGCCGAGGCGACGCGACGUAACGCUCUCCUGGACGCCCUGACCAAGUCGCUGCUCGUCUCGGUGGACGACGCGGUGGAAGCGAGGGUGAUCGCGCUCAACUCGUCCACCGGCACCGUCAUCGCCGCGGUCUGGCUGAAGCGCAGCCCCGGAAGCGUCGGCGAGCCGACCAAGGUCGAGAGCCACGCACUCCAGCCCGGCACGAAGCCGGAUCCCAGCCUGCCCUGGUUCGAGAACGCCGGCGGCAGCACCGAGCUAAGGUCACCGAAAUUCAUGCAGUCACCGCCGAUUGAAUCCUACAGGGGUUGGUGGACCAUCCCGUACUUCUCCUGCAAGACCCGCCGCUGGCUCAUCUCGUACAGCGUCAACGUCAAGUCACCGGACGUCCGACCCGGGGUGAGAGAAUUCAUAAGCAUGGACGUCGACAUAAGCAGCUUGGAAGUGAACCAGUGCGACGCGCCGCCUCCGCUCAACAGCAACGACGGACUCGAGCCUCCUACGAGUAACCAGAUCGCCUUCUUCAAGGGUACCCACAAGUGCCACACCGACACCACGCAGUGCGUGUACCAGGGUCCGGACAGCCGCGUGAACGAGAACGGCGUGGGUGCCGGUUGGGCGAAGGGUGCGUACGUGUGCAAAUGCCGGAAAGGCUUCUACAGCGUCAGCCACCACCAGACGGAUUUCGACGGGAUCCUCGUGGAAGCCGCGUGGAAGGAGAUGAAGGAAAACAGGAGCGACUCGUACGAGAAGGCGUUCCAGUGUCUGCGCUGCGCGCCGGGAUGCGCCGGAUGCAAAGGGCCCGAGCCCUGCUUAGCGACGUACAACUGGCCCUUCAGGAUCACGCUGCUGGCCGUCUCCAUCUUCUGCGCGUUCGGCACGAUCGUGCUGGUGGCGUACAUGUACCAGCAUCGCAAGCUGAAGGUGUUCAAGGUCGCGUCCCCGAUCUUCCUGUCCAUCACGCUUCUCGGCUGCGCCUUGAUGUAUCUCGAGAUGGCCGCGAUAUUCCCGGUUCUCGACAUGUACUCGUGCAUCGCCACCAAGUGGACGAGGCACAUGGGCUUCUGCGUCUCGUACACGGCGCUGCUGAUGAAGACCUGGCGGGUUUCGCUCACGUAUCGCGUGAAGAGCGCCCACAAGGUCAAGCUGACGGACAAGCAGCUGCUGCAGUGGAUGGUGCCGAUCCUGCUGGUGAUGCUGAUCUACCUCGGCACGUGGACUCUGAGCGCGCCGCCUUACGCGGAGGUGAUCACGGAUAAUCGCGAUCUCAAGUUCUACCAGUGUUCUUACAACUGGUGGGAUCACAGCUUGGCUAUCGGUGAAAUUCUCUUUCUCGCCUGGGGCAUAAAGGUAUGUUACAACGUGCGAAACGCGGAGAGUCUAUUUAACGAAGCCCGUUUGAUAAGUUACGCCAUUUACAAUAUAGCCGCGGUGAACAUAACCAUGAUAGCCAUUCACCUCUUCAUAUUUCCCCGCGCCGGGCCGGAUAUCAAGUACGUACUGGGCUUCUUGCGGACUCAACUUUCCACGUCCGUCACGGUCCUCCUCGUGUUCGGCCCUAAGGUAAUCAGAGUGUUACGAGGCCAAGGGGAUCAAUGGGACAGUCGGGCGAGGGCGCGCGGCGUCACAGCGAGCUUCUCCCUGAACGGGAUCGGCUUGGUGCCGGAGGAGACGACGGACUUGUAUCAGGAGAACGAAGAGCUUAAGGAGGAGAUCCAGAAGCUGGCGGCGCGCAUCGAGUUCAUGAAGAUCGUACACAUGGAGAUGCACAACCGGCACAUCAAGCCGAAGAUGGGCGGUUACUUCAGCACGCACGGCCACGGCCACGGUCAUCCGACGGCCGGGCAGAGCCCGAUCGCGAAGAGCUCCACGGCCAGCUUUAUCCUCAAACAGACGGCCGUGGAGCGAGGAGCGACGGCAGCCGCGGCCGCGGCCGUCGAGGACUCGACCUUCCCGUCCGGCAGUCUGCACCGGGCGCGCAGGAUGGAGAUGCUGAGGGAGAGGAAGGCGGAGCGCGAGAAAGAGCGGAGCAAGGAGAAGGAGCAGAAGGAGAGGUCGCAGCAGGAGAAGCAGCAGGAGAGGCGGGCGAGCGGCGAGAAGGUCUGACUAGUGAUCAACAGCGAGGAGAUAUGGUUGUGACGAAGACAGUGCGCCGACAGAAACCAGAAAACGGGCAGGACGACGGCGAUGACAACGACGACGAGGAGGAGGAGGAGAAGGCGGCGGAAGAAGGAGCUGAAGAAAUUCAGAUUGUAUCCUAUGAUGUGUGACAGAAGACUGCCCGUGUUCGUGUGAGACGGUCGCCGUCGAAUCGAAAUUCCAUCGCGACCCACUGUCUUCGCGCCAUUGUGAUAGCGAUAUCCUCGUAAUUAUUAUUACGUCGUACGACCUCAAUCAAAUUGUAAUCAAAAUCUCCGAGGAGAAACGAUUCACGGGAAGGGAAGAGUCGGCGGCGGCGACGGCGACUAUCGCGCGUCGCGUUCCUGUAUUAUUUCGGCGGCAUCGCUUCCGAGGACACGAACGUCUCUCGCUCACAAAUUGACCUUAGCGACAUUAUUUCCAAAGAGCGCACACUCGAGCGUGCAACGGACGUCGUUGACGCGUUAACGUUUAAUUGCGAAACGGAUUACUUUACCGAAUGCUUCGCUGAGAGAUCGAACGCGAAUGAAUACGAAGAAUAUACACCGAGCUGUCACAAAUGCACAAAGAAUGCACCGACGAGUCCGCGAGUCGCUGUCGCCGUCGCCGCUUUGUCGUCGCUUUGACGACCGGAUUAUUUUUGCUUAUCCGGCGAAAGCGCGCAACGUCGCUUUUUGUCGCGAACACCCGACAGAAAUGUAAAACUGUGCGCUGAGCGAACGAACGAGGAAUGAACGGCGAGUGCAAACUUUCGUUGUUACGAUUCGGAAGAUCUGUCACGAAUCCGAAAAGGUUUCGAAUUUGCGAUUCCGCUCAUAAGGUGAACCUUCAUCGAAGAAAAUCCGUGCGCGUUUCGACGCGAACGUGCAUAUUAAUAUUUUAUACCCGCUUUAUGUCCGCCGUUCGUUUGUUGUCCGUUCAUUCGGUGUACACCCACACAGAAAAAAAAAACAGUCAUAAAUGAGCGAGAAUAUUAUAAUAUCCUUGGAAGAUUUUUAGUCUUUAAUCGAGCGCGAGUACACCGUAAAUCCAAGCGCGUUAUUUUAGCUGAGGCUUUUCCUACACUUUUCUUGCUGUUUCAAAUCGCGCCAUUUAAUACGACUGUGGACGCGUUAAUUUAAUCCGAUCAAGCGUUUUUAAAUGACGUAACCUGAAACAGCAAGAAACAUGAAUAAAAAGAGUUCCGGCCAAGUGUGUCAUUUGUAAACGUUUAUGCGUGCAAAAAUACAUCGAUACAAGUUGAAUCAAAUCAAGGCUAAAAAUCUUCUUCAAGAAGAUUAUAAUAUUCUUGCUUACAUGGGAACAUCAAUCAUUGAUUUAAGACUAAUCCUUUUCCGUGCACCUUGAAGGAGACGCGAGAACUUGAGUUUAUCGAAAUGACUUCUAUAUGUUCAUGACGGCGCCCGCGCGCUUUUGCCGAACAACACCUUACACCUACGAGAGAUACCGGACACACACACACACACACACACACACACACAUAUUACAUUCGAUAUUAAGGGAAAAGCAGCGGACGAGGGAACCCUUCUUAAAUGUUGUUACACAAGCGUUCAUGUCACGCUCUUGGAUUAAUAAUAGCACCGACUCUCGCAGGCGACCUUAUCACGCCCGAGUGAGACAUCCUCUCAUCUGCCCGCAGGAUACUUAAAUACACAUCAAUUUCAAUGUAAAUGUUAAUUUAAGCGGUUAAUAGAAUACGAGUGAAAAUAGACGCGCGUACUAUUCUCAAUUCGAACAGUCUCGGACAGGCUUGACCAAAAGCAGAAGAAAAAAGGAGACGAAUAAGUGUCGUUAUGCCGAGAGCAUAGGGGAAUUGCGUUUCCGUGCGUACGUUUGAAUUCCGUUGCGUCGUUUCCAAGUCGAGACUCACCGCCGAGGAGGACGUGGCUCGUCCCCCCUCGCUCGUUUUCCGUCGGUUUUCCGUUGACGUGUCCACGUACCUCUGAUUUACACACAGGCGUACCGUGUGUGCUCGUUCUCGUGGAGUCGCAUUUGAAACAAUGCGAGCCGGCCGAGCGACAAACUCUACUCGUGACAGGUUGUAAUAAGUGUUACAUGUGACAAUAAAAAGUUACGCAACGGGCGGUCGAAAGUGUCGCGGCGUUUCGCGAUCGGCGCUCGGUCGCCCGUCGCGAAGCCGCGCGCGCCUGCCCGUAAAGAGGAAAAAAAAAUAUAACGAGAGAUUAAUCAAAAAGUUGUUUGCGAAGAGAGAAUAGGGGGAGUACCGAGGAAAAAAAAGAGAAAAAAGAAGAUGAAGAAAGAAAUAUCGUGCGGUGUGUGUGUGAGUGUGUGUGUGUGUGUGCGUGAAGCGAUUAAGCGGGUUAAGGAGAGAAAACCUUCGCCUUGUUGGUUUACACUUUUUUAAGAGCUUACGUUUUCACGGUAGACACUGUUAUCGUAGUUCGAGAUCGUACAGAGUCGUCGUGCCGUUCAACAACGGACCGACCGGGUAUUGCUGUUCGUGUCUAAGAUAUUUAUCGUACGUAAUAUUAUUGUUGAGUACGCGCGCGCGAAUAAUGCGGCGGCACCGGGAAGCGAGUGUGACAAGUGUGCGCGCGUUACCAGUACAAUGUAGAUGUUAUCCGACGGCGAUGUUCGUCGAGUUGGAUCGAUCGUCGCGAGAUCCCGCGUACACGGAGUAUCGGCUCGCCCUUGGUUCUUCUCUCUUAAGCGGUGGCACGCUUUAUCCUCUCUCGUUAACGAAACCGCGAGGAACGAUCGUUCCGUACACAGGGUGUCCCGAAAUUAGACCGACAAACUGGUGUCAAAAGAAGCUUCACAAGCUGGUCCGAGUUUGCCAGCCUUGAUUUCGGGGCUGUAUUUCAUCGGCGACUUUUCAUCCGGUGAACAGUCGAUUAUUCCGUGCGUUCCCCCGGAAAUCCCCGUGAUAAGUGUGAUUUUCAGCGCAUCCGGAGGACCUUCUCUCUCGGUUCUUCUCUUCUUUCCUCUUCCACGGCUUCAUUCGAUACGUUGGGAACGAGCGAAAGUUCGUCGACAAAACGGUCGGUGUCGAGUCAGCGCGUAAAGAUACACACAGAAAAAUAUCAUUCUACUGCUAAGAAAAGCGACCGCUCAGUUUACUUCCCUUCCUUUAAGUAACGGUUAUGUUCAACGGAGAAUAUUUUCCCGACAAAAGUUCUAAAAUAUCCUCAAAUUUGAGAGAAGCUCAUUGUCAUGUACUCAAAGGAAGCAUUUAUUCUUUUUCCCAGAAUAUUAUAAAAGUUAAUCGAAGAGAGAGAGAGAGAGAGAGAGAGAGAGAGAAAGAGACAGAGAAAGAAAGAAAAGUUAAAUUCGGUUGAUUUAAAUAAACAACUCGAGUUUGAUUUUAAUGAAGUAUUCUUGAUUAAAGUGCUAAACUUCCUAAGAUUUAGAAUAUAUUUCGAACAAUUAAUUAAAUUUAAUAAUAACAAUUUAAUUCUUACGAUGAACUUGUGACAUAUAUUUGCAGACACAUAAAUUUACGAAGUGCUUAAAACAAAUAAUAUUUAUUUGUGUAUCAGACUUCAUGAAUGCUGUUUCAUCCCUUAAGCACAGUAACAUUGAAAAUCUCCAAUUAGGCGCGUUAUUUUUGAAUAUUUGUGCAUCACAUUUGCCGCUUCGCCGGUUCAUCAAGUUAUCGAUGCACAAUGAUGAUUGUCGUGAUGCACGAAUAAUCUGAUUGGAAAUGUCUGAUGUUACUGUACUUAAGGAAUGACAUGAAUGCAUGCAUUAAUCGCAGCAUUAAUGGAGCCUGUACGCCGCAGUACGUAUUUUUCUGCGUGUAGAAUCGGAGAAUCGAACGGGGGGGGUCGAACGACCGACACAAAGGAUCGGAAAACAAAAGAGUCAAUUCCAAAGAUCGCCACGAAUCGAAGGUGGACCGAGAAUUUCGGAGUAUCCAUCUUUCGGAGCGCGACUCGCGCAGAUUAGCGUUAGUGUAUCCGUUCAUAUCCGUUCGAUCGGAGCAUCAGCGUAAUUAAUCGAUCGAAAUUCCCAUUCCGUCGGUUCCGGUUGCGAAGCGUUGAAGUGAACGCGACGGGGGGAGAGCGGAGGAGGCUCGCUCGGAUCUCGUCGCGACGCAUUCCGCGUUCAAUGUAAAAAAAAAAACUCGCAAAAGAGGCGCUUUAGCUUUCGCCCGCGCGCGUUCGGUAGCUCGCGAUAUAGCUCGCUAAGAGAGAGACGAACGCUUUCGGUGUUGCGUGUAUAUCGUCGUACGUGUGACGAGAAAUCCGCUUCGUUCCGCAACACGAGGAAGAGAGAAAUAGGCAGACGAACGGUGAGGAUCGGAUGGAAAGAGGUGGGGGAAAGGGAAACGGCAAGACGCAAAUAGUCUCCGCGUGUUCGCGCGGAGUCACGAACUGAAGGGAAAUGUCGGCAAACGUCGCGAGUUCGAUCCAUGUUGAUCCUACAUCCGCGAACGGCGAUUACUUUGAUUUUUCCGACACACGAAGGGGCGAACAGAGAGGCGGGAUGGACGAGAGAUUCCUUUUCUCGGGGGAAGACGAGGACGAAAAAAAAACGUCGAAUGGCGCGCUCUACCCCGUUCCUGCGGCACCCCGCCAAACAAAGUCGAGAAUACAUGUAGAACCGAAUACGUAUUUGUAAAGAUAUACUGUAUGUCAGUGAAUACAAUAAUCUUGGAGACACUCA